UAGAAGCAGUGAAAUGUAAUGUAUUGUAAAUUUACGAGGACAUGCAAACAAGAAAACUGAGGCGUUAUAAUUGAGCCUACUGUGGGGUGAAUAAAUUGUGGCAAUGGAUGACAGAAUUCAUCAGUUAACAGACAACUUACAGGGUACGACACGGAACCUAAGGUCAUUGGAUCGUAUGCUUGGUACCUACAGAGAUGUAGGUCGGGAACAGAGAGGCUCCAUAGACAGGUUACGUGAUGAUUUGAGGGCAACACAGGAUGAACUCCAGCGGGAGAGAGUGAGAAGUCCACUACACAGGGAUUAUGGAAGCGAUAGUGAAUAUGAAAUAUCACCUAUGGCAAAUAGACGGCGGCGAAAGCGCCGAUCAACUGUUAGAUUUGCCGAUGAUAUGAACAGAGAGUUACAUGGGCUGCACAGGUCUUUCCGAGAUUUAUCUAACGACCAUUUUGAUCUUGAGACUAGCUUCAACAGGGAAUCAGAGAGACGAGACAGAAAUGACUUGGAAUCAAGGAGGACUAUGAGAGAAAUAUCAGAUAACUUGAAACGUCUUCCUCAAACUGAUCCUGUGGCCAUGCGUGUAGAGGAACGACUUGCAGCUAUACAGAAUGAACUGCGCUCAGAAAGACAGUCACUCAACAGAUAUGAUGAAUUGGUCAACCUCUCCACAGACCUCCGUCAGGCACUGAAUACACACCAGCACAUGCUGACGCAGCCCCAACGGUCAGCCAUGGAUGAACGACUGCAAGCUCAGUAUAUCCAAGCAGAGUCCCAGAAAAACAGGAUUGAAUCAGAAUUAGAUGCUGUUAAACGAAAGUUGGACCAGACUGCCGGAGGAAAAGCAGCACUAGAGCAACAGGUUGGUGACCUUCGUGCACAGCUGAAUCGUAUGGAGCAGGAACGUACCCGAAUGAAGAACCACUUAGAGGAGAGUCGCUAUGAGGAGGAAGUCCGAGAACGCCGCAAAAAACAAUCCUUGGAUGAAGAAAGAGACCGUGUGCGGAGGUCCCUGGAAAAGGAAGUGGUGGACCUUCGUAGUCAGUUAGCCAGGUCCAUGGGUGCUCAUAGUGAGAUGGAUGAGUUACGCAGAGGGAUUGACCGAAGUGAACGACAACGAGCCCAAUUGUCUGAUCAUAUAGAGACACUGACAAGAGACCUAGAGAACAGAGAGAAACAGACUGCCAAACUUAUCACUCAGCUGAAGGAGACAUCAGAUAAGUUUGAGGAGGCAGAUCGCCACAAAGGUCAGCUGAUGGCCCAGUAUGAGGACACUAUGGGACGUCUCAAGGAGUGCAGCAAAGAGCUUGAGAAAACCGCCACUGAGCUACGGAGUACUCAGGGCUCUUUGUCAGAAGCAGAGAGGAAGAGGGAUGAGUUUAAGGGACGUGCACAGGAAACUGUCAGACAGUGGAAGAUGAAGACAAAGCAGCUUGAGAGAGAGGUGGACCGUCACAAACAUGGAGGCAACACAUUGAUGCAAAGGAACGAACAGCUGGUAAAGGAACUGGAGGGAAUGAGACACCAAUUACACCACCAAGGAGUACAGAUGGACAACCUUAAAAGGGAGCUGGGAGAUGCCCUGGCGGUGAGAGCAGCCCAGGAUGAACAGAUUCGUCUGAAAGAUGUGGAGAUUAAUGAACUCAAGUCUGUUCGCAUGGAUCUGGACCGUGAGCUUCGAGAUUCUCGUAGUGUUUGUGAUAGGAUGGAGAAUGAACUUAACACUGUCCAGACACGGUCAACAACUCUAUCUGAGGAGAAAAACAGGCUAGAGGAAAAACUUUCAUCUGUAGAGGCAGCACAUCUUCUCUCUCAGGACCAAGCCAAUCAACUACAGCAAGAACUUAAAGAAUUAAGCUCAGUCAAGGCAGAGUUUGCCUCACAGUUGUCCCUGGCCAAUGGCAAAAUCCAUGACCUGCGACACAACUUUGUUGAACUACAACAUCGAGAGAAAGCUGCACGAGAGGAAGUGAAGAUCUACCAGAGACAACUAGCAGAGGAACGAGAAUCACACCACAAUACUGUAGAAAAUAUCAAACAAGAACUUAAUGAGGUCAAGGUACGAGAAGCUCAUGUGAUGCAAGACAUUCAGCGAAAGAUGAAGAGAGGACAUGCAGAAUAUGAGGCAACUAUACAAGCCCUGAAGAUGGAACUAGGGGAAGAGAAGUCCUCAUCCAAAAUCUCCAAACGUAAUGAAGAGAAACUUCGUCAGGAGGCAGAGAGACUCACCCAUGAAGUAGAAAGGUUGGAAGAGGAAAACACCAACAUUUUACGGAGGUUGGAGCAUGCUCAUCAAGAAUUUCAGACCCAGACUCAGAUGGCGGAGAGUGAUAUGUCAAGGGUUAAGAAAUAUGAAGAUGAACUAUUUGCACUUAAAAAUGAGUUGAAGAAGUCAAGGACAGAGCAUGAUGGCCUGGUGUAUGAUAUGGUAUCAGAAGUUGAUACACUAAUGGAACUAGUAGCUACAGGAUCCAUGGAGAAGUGUCAGACGGUGAAUGCUGUAAAGGGAGCACCUAAUGGUCCUACAGCCACCACAGCUGACAUCAAGACUAAGAUGAAAUGGCUGCGACGAGAGUUGAGGGACAGGAUCAAGUAUGAACAGAAGUUGCGAAAGGAUUUACGAGAAGCCCUUACUUGUAAUGACAGUGAUCGCCAAUUCCUCCUUGCAGAACUAGCCAAAAAAGAAGAUGUGCUUGAUGAAUUGUCCACUGCCAAGCAAGGGAGGAUUCUAAAAAUGCCAUACCUUGGCAAGCUGAUACCUGAAUUGGCCUAUAGAGAGCUGGAUAAUGUUCAAGCCGUGGAGAAAUUACAGGAACACAUUCUUGAUUUGACUGAUGAAUUAGAAUUGAGAAAAAUACGAGAAGAAGAGAUCUUAAGAGCUCAGGAAUCAGACAAACAACAUAUAAUAGAAGAUUUACAUGAACUCAGGACUGUACAAGAAGAGAAAGCUAGGAUAGAGGAUCGAUAUCUGCGUCUCUCUGAGACAAUGAGAGCCUUGCAGGAAGAAAUCAAAUCGGCAAACAUUGGAGGAAACAAAGUGAACAAUUUUGAGCGCGAGAGAAAUAUUGGAAAUCUACGAAAGUCCACUACACCAAGGAAGAAGAAUCAGAGAGUCAGGAUCCAUGAAAGUCCAAAGCGUCCGAUUACUCCUCCAUCAAAACUAAAGAAGGGCCAAACUCCCCCGAUGUCAUUGUCUGAGGAAGAAUUCAAAAGACGCUAUAUGUCAGAGAAAGACUGUUAACAGUAUUAAACCAUUACCUGUUAUUUCUCCACAAUGUCCUGAAAAUUUAUUAUAGAUAUUUUAUGAAAGAGGAGAGAGCAGGGUUUUAUAGAAGUUUGCAAACAAUUCAUUAAUUUAUCAGAAGUAAUCCCUUGGUACUUCAAUUACUGAUCCAAGAUGGACAGUUUUAAAUUGACUUCCUGUAUUUCAAGGCUUAAGUCUCCUGUGAUGUUGUCCAGUAUUAGGACUGGUAUUAGUGUGAUCUUGUAGGGGUGAUUCACGAUGGCUCAUUUAAUACAGGUACUAUUGUAGAUCAAUGUACAGCCUGUUCACUAGAUGUGUUUUAGAAAACUAAGAGAGAGAUAUUAAGAUUUCAUGUUUAUGUCAAUAGAACUGUAAAGAUCUUUCUGUAUUAUUUACAUGAGUGGCUUUUAUUUACUAAUUAAAACAAUACCUUUCUUAAUUCCAUUAGAAUGAUAUUCAAAUAGGAGUAGGAAA